AGUCCUUGGGCCGCAGCUGUGCGGGGCGAGUACUGGUGCUGGGGUGGAAAUGGGUCGACGUUUAGAAGGUGUGUCUGGUUCAACAGCAGCAGCAAGAGCAACAUCAACCAAAAACGAAGACGACACGACGACUACUUCAGCUGAACAGGAUGACUCACUGCCGCACGACGACAAGUCCCCGCCGCGCAAGGCUUCUCCGCCGUCGGCGGAAGAGCAAAGGCUAUUAAAGCUGUGGCAAACCAUCUACUGUCCGUCCCCGUUGUUUUUUCGACAAAACACAUCAGCCUGCGCGGAGGUCACAGCUGCGCUGCAUCAAAAGUCAUCUCAGACAGAUCAUGAAAGAGCAGGCUCUGGUGGCUCUAGAUCAUCCCCCUCCUCAGCGUCGACCUGUGAUGUUAGUGGUUCAAGCGGAAGCUCGCGUGAACAGGCAGGAACGACAAGUACUAGAGAGCACCCAGCGAAGGCUUAUUCGGAAUCGGAGGUGCAGGAAAAACAAAGUUUGUUUGAUGCCGACGUACCAAUGAAAGUAGGGCAAGUAGAAGAAGGACGACAGCCACCACCAGCACCAUCAACAGCACAGCCGCAGCGCAGCGCCUGUGAAAAGACCACAGCGUCCUCUUCUCAAAGACCACCGCAGGAGAAGAUCUUGCCAUGCCAACACCGCUACAUGUCGGAAGCGUUUGAAAAGUCGAAGCAGUUGAAGAUUUUCCUGACCCGCAUGGCAAAUCGCCUCCGCAUGUGGCACUUUCUCGGUCUCCAGGCGACUGUAAACGAGAACGAUGUAUGCCCGAUCUGCUUGGAACCGGUGCUGAUAAGCCGCGGCGGUGGGAAGAUGCAGAAGGAUAAGACGCAUGACAAAGUGACAGACUCUUCCUCAUGCAGCAAUGGUGCCGAGGAUGAUAUCUCCGAGCUUCUCGUGUCGUGUGCCUCCAGACCGGUCGCGCACGUGAUGCACGCCAGCUGCUAUGUGCAGCAUGGGUACGAGCUCGGGGGCAAAAAACAACUCUACCGGAAACGGAGUCGUCGGUUUCUCCGGGACUGCCCGGUCUGUCGCGAGUCGAAGUUCCCGCGGAUGAGAGGACGCGUACGAGAAAAUGACGUGGCAAAUAAAGCCGGUCCACACAUCUUUAAUGAUGCGAAGGUGCCUGCUGACGACAGCGAGGACAAGAAAAAGACUUCUCUAUCAAGAACCUCAGAAAGAGAAAGAAGGUCGGAGGUGCAAGAAAACCUUAACACCAGCACGGAGAAGAAUAACCAGGCCGCCAAUAGUUGUGUCUUCGAGUCCGACUCGAGUUUGCUAACCGCGGCGUUGAAACGGGCUCUGUGUUGCAAUCGGCGGGUGGCUCUGUCAAAUUUCGAGAAGAAAAAGCUGCUGCUGCUGCAGCAAGCAAGGCUGGAGAAGGAGCAGGCGCAAGCAAAGCUGGCAAGGGACGAGCGGGCGGUGAAACAAGAAAAGGAACUACACGAAGAUCAUACUGAUGCUCUUUCGUCGGAGCGAGAGCGUGAUCUUGAGAACCGCCCCGCUUCAGCCUCCUUUUCGUCCCGGUUAUUUUCGCCCAAUAAUUAUGCGAGCAAUGUGUGGCGCCUGAGCAGCAGCGCAGCUAGCAGCUCUGGAUCUGCAGCUACAACAACCUCCGCGAUGAACAACGUCGAACUGGAUCCACCAGCAUCCGAAACCAUCCUCCUCCGCACCCGCAGCACCGCCGCUGAAGAAGUGGCGACGCGGUGGAAUAACGUGAUGGAGGUGUUUCGCAACGCACUCUCGACAAUUGCUAUCCAAGAAAAAAACUGUGUUAGUGUAAACUUUCUUUGGCUGACAGCAUCUGCUCUACAUGACAGAGAAAACCUGUCAUGCGUGGCUUACAAGGGAAAACACACAGGAAAAGAAGACCGCAUGGUUGUCUGGCAUGACAGGUGUAAACAGUUUUGCAUUUUCUGCAUUACAGAGCUACACUUAGACAGUUUUUUUCUUGCAUAAUUGCGGACGAAGACAGCGAAGACGAGGAUAGCUGGCUGGAAAGCUGGAGCUCCUUUCUCGACGUCGUUCCGCUGGUAUGACAGUGCACGACUCCCGCUCGUCCCCCUCAUUUGUCAUGCAAAAUACCGAAUCGUCCACAUCUUGCGCUUGCCUUUAAGCACUCUGCGCAUGACAAGUUUUGGACGCCCAAACGCCCAAACAGGACUACAUUCCACAUUUACGGACUUGUCAUACGAAAGCUACGUUUGUGGCAUUGCUUCUGUUCCUGUUGCUGCUCAUGCUACAGUACAAAUGAGGAGGAGGGGGAGUUGUGCACUCUCAUAGCUGGCGCCUGCUGCUGCUCCGAGCGAGGGAACAAGAUCUACAGUCCGCGGAGGUGCAACGGCGAAUGUAAUGCCAUCGAAUAACUUGUUGAACUACAAUUUGAAUGAUUUGGUUUUUCAGCAACUGCAGGACAGUCUUCUAAACCACAAUCGUAACGACCACACUAACAUAAACAUGCCAACGAACGCAGCUGACUUGGACGAAACCGCCGGGAUUUGGGGCGGUUUGGCCCUGAUGCCGUUCGCGGACGCGAUUUCUAAUCGAGGGACAGCACAGGAACAGGACAUGCCGUGGUACCAAUUCGGCGGCCCGCCGGUGCCAUAUCCUGUGCAAAAGUAUCGUACUCGUAUUGCAGUCAUGCAUUACAAAUUUUUUUCUGAAGCUAAAUCCGCAUAUAGAUUUCUCAUGCUGAGGAAAUUUCUAAUGCAUUUAUACGAGUGUAUCGAAGAAAAAAACACCAUCACAGUCACAAAAUUCAAAUUUUCAAAAUUUUGCAGGAGCUGAACAAAAAAUUAUUUUGAUUUUCAGGUAAGAAAAUACUUUUCAAUUCUCGAAUGCGAAUGUAUUUAUUUUUGUGUUAGCUAUUUGGUUAUGUCAAAAAUGGCGGUUUGAAUAAGCUAGUUAAGAAAGAGUUCUGAAGACAAACGAUCAGCUUCCAGCAGACGAAGCUUGGUAGAUGGGGUUGUCGCCCUCGUCUGGCCCCAGGUGGGGCCAGAGGGCGACAACCCACACUACCACUGUUCGUCUGCUGGAAGCUGAACGAUUGUCUUCAGAAAUCUCUCUUCUUAACUAGCUAGCUUACCAUGCGAGCUUAACUUAAUCAUGCGAGCUGCUUCGGCAGUUUUUACCGUCCUCUUGCUAUCACAAUCACUCCCUUUGGCUGCAGCGGAUGUCGUGCAGUCGAUCGUGGACCAUAAUGCAGAGGCUUUCAGCCCCGAAACCAAUGCGGCUGGCGGAACGGCGAAAGGUAUCUACUUAUAUUGCUUUUUUAACAACGGGCUCAUUUGGUGCUUGCGCCUCGAGGUCUCUUGGUGCUUGCACCUCGGGGUUUAGGGUCGGAACGUUCCCAGCACCGCUGGAAGCACUGAACCUGAAGGGCGUGCACGCCUGGAAGGAUCCGAGCAUGGCGCUUUACUAGCGCCUUUUCAACGUUUACCUUCAUCCUCCUUUUUGUUUCUGCUGUUUUCCUUUUCUCGGGCCCUACUGGCACCAAGCAGUUUCUUUCUGCGGCUCCCGCCCUUCCUGCUGUCGGUUUUGUCCUAUUUUAGUUUUUUUCAUAUGUGCACAUGACGAUGUGUACAUGAUCAUGCGUACCGCGGCCUUCUCCUUUUUCUGCACGGGCAGCUUCCCUCCAACACAUCUCCCCUCCACGUCUCCGUCACGUCCCGGAUGCCGACCCGGUCCAGCAGCCGACGCAGGGGUUUUAGGGUUUAGGCUUUUAGGGUUCUCCUAUUUUGAUCUUAACUAGCUAGCUUACCGCCAAUAGCCAAUAUCAUAAAUCAUCUGCUUCAAAACUCAACAUUCAAAACCAGAUACAACAGGUUCGGGAGUGCCGCGAAAGUCCAACGAAAUUUUAAUUUUGAUGGUCAAAAAUUUUGAAAAUUUGAAUUUUGUGAUUGUGAUGGUGUUUUUUUCUUCGAUAGAGUGCGAUACUUUUGCAAUGCAUAUGCCACGACCGGCGCAACAAGGUGCUGGUGGUUCCACCACUGUAGUUCCCCCAAACCGACCAGUGACUUUGACCACAACCAAUCUUCCGGAUGACCAAGAACACAAUUCCUCCUCGUGGAGCUACACCCAGGUCAGGCGAGGCUUGUUGAACCGGCUAGGAUUUAGCCGUGGCAAUGUCAAUGCUGCUCAGGUAGAGGAUGAAGCUAGAAGUACGGCUAGCAGUACAACUCGGAACGAGCGGAGACGAGCAGGCAGUUCGCCGGAAGUAGAUGGACCUGCUCCCUCUCAUCGCGAACUCAUUAUGCUACUCAACUUGAACCACGGCACUGCUGCGGCGGGGACAGGAGUUGCACCAAGCGACAGCCCGAGAAACUACUACCAAAAUGAAAAUGUUUUUGACUCUGCAUCUUCUGCUGCUUCUCCGCACCCACUGCAGCCGAUGCCAAUUCCGGUCCGGGUCCGGUUGGAACAUGCCUUGGUUCCGGAUGACGUGUUAUGCUCUGCAAAAAUGUGGCGCUCGUAGUACUUACUCGUUGCAAUUCUGCAUUGCAAAUCGUAUUCAGAUAGGAAAAUCAGCAAGACAAACUCCGAUUGGUUUUUGAAAAAGUUUGUCAUGCGAUGUUUACUAGCUGCGAUAUUUUUGCAAUGCAUACGUACGAGCCCUGAUCCAGGAAAUUCAUUCCGAUGACGUGCGGUAUCUCUGGCUCGCAGUGGAGGAAGCGCCAAUGGUGUCGGUCGGAUGCCUGGCGUUUUUGACGGUCCUACUAGAAAAAGCGUGGAGCCCGAUGUAGGAAAAUGUGACUGAGAAAACUUCUGGUCUCAUGAAAACAACGACCCGGAAAGAACUCAAACUCUGUCUGUACUAAGGUGAUACAUAUGUUUGUUGACAUAGCCUUCUGAUGAUGCUUCAUCAUGCAUGGCAUAUUGAUCUGCUCCGAGCCGGAAAAUGAUUUUCGUGAGGACGAGGAUGUUUUUCCAUAGCAUACGCCAUUCGAAUGGUUUACCAACCCACCUGCCGGCGCGGUGUGAAGGAACAAGCACGCGCGAUGCAACCGCGUGAAGUGCUGCCGGUUGUACGAAAAUAGGAACAUUGUUUCAUGGGGAAUAAAAGGGGAGUUGUCAUUGAGAGUAGUUUCUAUCAAGAAUAAAUGCGCAAUAAUGUUGCUGCGACCACUACAAGAACUUGCUGUUUCAAACAUGACACAUAACACAUAUUGUGUAGACAUAGAUUUCAAUUUCUGGCGUUUUGAUCGACUUUGACAGUUUUUAAAAGAGUUAGCGUACGAGAUCAACAACGCGAUUGGAUGAAGCAUGGAAAAUACUUAAAAUGUACGACUGAAGUAGAGAUACCAGUCUCAAUUGCAAUUGCAAAUCGAAAUCUGGAUACAUAGGUAGCACGACCAGUAAGACCACGAGGCUAUCGAAUGAUUUAGAUUUUGUUUUGUGUCGUUCCUGCCAUCAUGCUAGUUUUUUGAUACGUCCGCAAAAAAUAUUUCUGGUGCUGCAAAAAGGAAAACGCUGGCACUGCUUCAGAAUGGUUAAUACAGUAUGUAAAACCUCCACUGGUUCUCCUUCCUAUCCCCGCGUCCUCUUCACAAUAUCUCCAUAAGCUUGGCGCUCUGGGAAAAGGAUGUAACUGACCAGUCUGAAUGUCCAUCAUCUGGAUGAUCGAUUGAUAGAUUUACAAAUGCAUCAAUUCAAUAUCCCCCAGCCCUGCAUCGGGCUUGCAUAAAAGUGCACGUGGUCGUGUAUAUCGCGUUGGAUCUUUCGUUUCUUCAGCAU